AUGACUCCCAUCCCGCAGAUUCCCAAACCGGCGCAUACUCUGGUCGAUUCCAUGUUGUCCAGACACUUCGGCAAAGAGACCGUGAAUUACUUCUCAAGCUCUCCAAUCAACCGUCUGUCAUUUCUGCGCUCAGAUCACCCGUUCCUGUCCACAGCCCUAAAGCAUCCCUCCGCUCGAUUUGUGCUCUUGAACAACCUUGCGCCUCUGACCUCGACGUCGGCGCAGCUGCAUUUCGCCAAAUAUGAAGAGGUGCAGCGCCUGGUGCCUCAGGAUACGUACGACACAUCCGAGGAGGACAUGCUGAAGAACUAUGAUUCACGCAAGACACAAGCAACUUUGAUCUUCCUUGGACUGGAUGAAGGUCGCAAGGAAGGAGGAUUGGCGUUCAAGAUCUAUCAGGGAACUCCCUUUUUCGCCCUCGAUGUCACGCCCAAGGGAUCUGAAGAUCAACAGGCCGCAGCCAAGGAUGUGAUCAGCACCGCAGAGGCAAAGGGACUGUCAUUUUUCCAAACCCGGGUUCACAUGACAUUCUCCGCAGACGAAGCCGCAAUCUAUGCGCAAGCCCGCGCCCUCAUGGACUGGAACACCCGCAACACAUUCUGCGGAACAUGCGGACACCGCACCCUGGCCAUCAAUGCAGGAACGAAGCGAGCCUGUCCCCCCACAGACGCUGCCAGAAUCGCCGAGGGCAGCGACGCCCAGAGACCGGAAUGUAACACCCGCACCACCCUUUCAAACCUUUCAUUCCCACGCACCGACCCAACGAUCAUCGUUGCGGUUGUAUCAGCAGACGGCAAGCGCGUGCUACUGGGACGGUCUAAGCGAUUCCCGCCGAACUUCUACUCGACGCUUGCUGGCUUCAUUGAGCCAGCCGAGUCGGUGGAAGAUGCUGUGCGCAGAGAAGUGUGGGAGGAAUCGGGCGUUACUUUGUCCCGCGUUGUUAUCCACUCAUCUCAGCCGUGGCCUUACCCUGCCAAUCUGAUGAUUGGUGCUCUUGCCCAGGUCAGCGACCCGGCACACGAGACGAUUUCUCUUCAACAUGAUCCUGAGUUGGAGGAUGCGCGCUGGGUUGAGGUCGAGGAGGUCGAAGAGGCGCUGCGCAUUGGCGCCAGCAAUUUGGGCGCUGAGGCAGGCUCGGAGUACAAGGGUGGCCUGCGAUUGCCUCCGCCUACAGCCAUUGCUAACCAGUUGAUCAGAGCUGCCAUCAGCGCGGAGUACUUCGCAACUGAGAAGCAGUCGAAGAUGUAA